GAAGCCUUAAAGAGGGAGAUGUGGUUGGGGCAUAAAACCAGUGUCCAAGGUUUGGCUUGCUGAGUCCAUCCAGAGGCACCUGCAGGAUGAAGGCUCUUCCCCUCCUCCUCCCUGUCCUGGGGCUGCUGGCGUGUGGCAAGUCUCUGUGUCCAGUGGAUGAGGCCAUCCAAGAGAAGAUCCAGGAUGGCACCAGCUCCUUAAUUCUGGAGACAAUAAGGAACUUUGGCCUGAGCUGCCAGAGCGUCACCUCCAGGGGGGACCUGGCCACCUGCCCCGCAGGCUUCGCCGUCACCGCCUGCGCUUGUGGCUCCGCCUGCGGCUCCUGGGACGUGCGUGUCGAGACCACAUGCCACUGCCAGUGCGCGGGCAUGGACUGGACCGCGGCGCGCUGCUGCCGCUUGCAGGCCACCGCCUGACGUCCCGGGAGCGCGGUGCGGGCUGGGGGGCGUGGCCAGGCCCGGAGGGGCGGGGUCAGA